UGAAGAAAACGAGUAAAGUGGAGGGAUAUGGUGUGGUAGGGUGUAUGGUAGGAGUGAGAUUGGGGUUGAGUUGAGCCGUUGAUUUAUGGGAUUCGGUGAUGGACGGUUGAGAUGAGAGAAGGUGUAAAGGAGUGUGUCACGGAGAGAUGGUCUGGCAAGUGGGGUUGUGUCGGUGGCGGUGGAUCACAUGGGGUGCUGUAAUCUACUGUGAUGCCAUUCACUUUAAUUAUUGUGCUUUCUAUUUAAGUUUCAUUUUUGUUAAUCCAAAUAAAUAAUUUUUGUUAUCGUGAUUAUGAAGUAAUUUUUCAAAUUUAAUUUCAUAGAUUACUUUGGCGGCGCUUUCUUAACCGUGAUUAAUGGGGGAUUAAAGUUCACACGAACCAUAAACAUUACUCUCUCCGUCCCUCAUCGUGAAAUUUAAUUUCAUCGUGAUGAUGAAGGGAGUUUAUGAAUACUUUUUUGAGUUUUUUUGUUUUUUGGUGUUGAGUUAUGAAAUUAUGAGUGAUUUUUGGAGGUUAUGGCUAGACGAUCAAACAAAGUCUGCGUUCCUUUUCAGCCUCUUCUGGAAAAGAUUGUUGCUUGGCUCCAGUUUCCACCUCCAGUCUAUGGAUUCAUAGAUGCUGCUAAGAACAAUGCUUUUGUUCGGGUUGGCCGUCCAAAUACACGUCUAAAGUUCCUUUUUUAUGGUGGAGAUGCCAGUUCGGAAGAGGAGUCUCGCGAGAGAGCAGCUCACAAGGCUGUCAAAAGAUUGAUUGGACGAUUUAAUGUCCGAGUAGAUGAUUUCACGCAUGAACGCUUUAAGAUGUAUCGCCUAUGUGUGAAAUUAUAUAAAAAUAGAUGCGCUGAAUUAGUCCAGGAGAGAGAAGACCUGAAUCGCAUACGAUCAGAAUGCAUUUCAGGGGAGAAUGCAUCGUUUUAUGAUAUCCAUGUUUCAGCUGACUUUGCACAAUUUUUGGGUGUCUUGGUGAGGAAAACUGGUGUCACUGCAACUGCUAUAGAGACUACUAUGGUACAAGGACAUGGUUAUAUCUCAUGGCUUAUGGUAAACUGUCCUCAUAGUAAUAUUGCUAUGGAGUGCAUUUUUAGUGACCCUUGUGCUAAAGUAGCUAUAGCUGAGCAAAGAGUUGCAAAGAAAGCAUGCUUUUUCAUAGCUUCUCAGUUUCGUUUGGAAAUAGUUGAUGCGAACUAUGGUACUGCAACAAAGCUAAGUGUUGAAUGUUCCUUGAUACGGGAAAAGUAUUUAAUCCUGAAAAGCCAUCUUGAAUGUUUAGAAAGGAGUUCUAAACAAUCUGAUCGUGCUAAUAGUUUGGGGAUUGAUAGUUGUGUGACACCAACUGGUGAAGAAUCACAAAUACUGGUCCUUGUUCUUCCACCAAGUCGUCCGCUUAAACGUAGGGUCGUUGUGGAAGGAAGCUCUAAGAACGCUAUGGAAGUAGAGACUUCAGAGCACCUUGUUACUGGUCUGCCAGAUUUAGAAACUGUAUUUAAGCGUGCUAGGGUUGAUUAGCUAUGCGGCAUAAAGCAUGCUUAUUUUGGAUGUUGUGUUUAAGGACUUGUACUUAGUUGUUAGGGUUCCUUUCUGUAAUAGUAGUGUUAGUAUGCGCCUUAUGCUUAUUAGUAGUUUCUGUCUUGAAACCAGGUUGUAGGUUCUGUUUCUGUUGUUUAUGUACCCCUUUUGGUGUAAUGAAUUUCAUAUUUUCAGUGUUUUGAAUAUGACGGUUUGAUAUUUAGAGAAUUCUGUUA